UCAUGCUAGGCUAAUUUUUUUAAAAAAAUUUUGUAGAGGUGGGUUCCCACUGUGUUGGCCAAACUAGUCCCACCUUGGCCUCCCAAAGUGCUGGGAUUACACUUUGGGAGCCACUGCUCCUAGCCCCUUUUGGGUUUUUAUGAGACUUCAUUAUGAAGGCAUCAUUGAUUAAGCCAUUGGCCACUAGUGAUCAACUUAACCUUCAGCCCCUCUACCCUCCCUGGAGAUUGGAGGGUAGGGCUGAAAGUCUUAACCUUCUAAUCCUGCCUUGGUGUUUAUGGAGACCAGCCCCCAUCCUGAAGCUACCAAGAGGCUGCCAGCUAUCAGUCAACUCAUUAGCAUACAAAAAGACAUUACUUUGGAGUUUGGAAGGAUUUUAGGAAUUAUAUGCCAGGAAGCAGGAUGGAAGACCAAAUAUAUAUUUCACAGUAUUACAAAGAUAAAUAUAGUUUAAAUGUCCUCAGGUCUUUGUAAUUUAUAUUAGAUUUUAAUGAGUCAGAGAUAGUAAUAUCUAGGGUAGUCCUUCUCAAUCACAUUUGGUGAGAGAAUCACAUCAUAAUGUUCAAAGACAGCAAACUUCAACAUGUGGGUCAAAUCUGGCCUGCCAACUCUUUUAGUAAAUAAUGUUUUAUUGGUGGAACACCACCAUGCCCGUUAGUUUACAUAUUGUCUAUGGCUGGAUUCAUGCUGCACCACCAGAAUUGAGUAGCUGCUACAGAGACAUUGUGGUCCACAAAGCUUAAAUUUAUUGUCUAGCCCUUGAUAGAAGAGAUUUGACAACCCCUAGGUGUUGUGGACUGAGUGUAUGUGUUCCCCAAAGAUUUGUAUGUUGAAAUUCUAAUCUCCAGCGUGAUGGUGUUAGGAAGUGGGGCCUUUGGGAGGUAUUUAGUUCAUGAAGAUGGAACCCUCACAAAUGGGAUUAGAGACACAGAGUUCUUGCUUUCUACUCUCUGCCAUAUGGGGACACAGCAAGAAGAAUGCCAUCUGCAAGCCAGGAAGAGGGUCUCCGCCAGAACUUGACCAUGAUGGCACCCUGGUCUUGGAGGGUCUGUAGAACCCAGCCUCUAGAACUAUGAGAAAUAAAUGUUUGUUGUGUGAGCCACCCGGUCUAUGGUAUUUUUGUUAGUAGCAGCCAGAACUAAGACAUCUGUGCUAAGGCAUCUAUUAUAUAUUAUGAAUUAACUUCUUUACAUUUAGAAUGCCUUGUAAGAACUGAAAAAAAAAAUAGUCACUCAGAAUGUUUUCUGCAGGACAUAAUUCUUUCAUAGAUCUUGAGUUGAUUAGAGUAACUACUAAAAGGAUAGAAAGAAAAUUUAUAGCUACCAAGCUAAUAGAGAAGGAGAAAGGAAAUAAAAUAAUAAAAACCACUUACUGUCCAAAAAAAGACAAAAAAGAAAAAAGGAACAUAGAAUAGGAGGAACAAGGCCAGGCACGGUGGCUCAUGCCUGUAGUCCCAGCACUAUGGGAGACUGAGGCAGGCAGAUCACCUGAGGUCAGGAGUCCAAGACCAGCCUGGCCAACAUGGUGAAACCCCAUCCCUACUAAAAAUAAGAAAUUAGCCAGAUGUGGUGGCACAUGCCUGUAGUCCCAGCUACUCGGGAGGCUAAGGCAGGAGAAUUGUUUAAAUCUAGGAGGCAGAGAUUGCAGUGAGCCGAGAUUGUGCCACUGCACUCCAGCCUGGGUGACAGAGCAAGAUUUAAUCUCAAAAAAAAAGGAGGGACAAGUUCAAAACAAGUAGUAAGAUGGUUAAUUUAAGUAGUAACAGACAAAAUGGACUUUUAGGCAAGACAUCCCUAGAAACAAGGAAAUUUUGUAAUGAAAACUGAGUCAGUCCACCAAGAAAUAUGUAUGCACCUAAUAACAGCUUCAAAAGACAAAAGCCAACAGAAUCAAAAGGACAAAAAGAUAGAUUCAGUAUCCCUAUUUCAUCUAUUAUACACAAAUUAGGGAGAGCAGGAUAUUUGUUGAAUAUGGCAUAAAUUCACAGACCAACUUUCAUAUUAUACUUACUGGUAAAAUCCUGAAAGCAGUCUCUCAUUGUUAUUAUACCUUAUAACCCACCCCUAGAAUUUCUGCUUCCCAUUCUAGCAACUGAGUUCUGCUGGUAUUUGGAGUUCUUGUUUUCCAAUAGGGAAUGUUACUACCAGAGGACACAGAAAGGUUCCAUUGAAUUGAAAGAUGAGGCUAUAACCCAUUUGGGACUGUUGAUGCCACUGAACCAACAGGGAGAAAGAGCAAGAAACACAAGAAGAGGAACGUUUGAUGGAAGAAAAGAAAAAGAAAAAGCAGGAAGAAAAGAAAAAGAAGGAAGGUGCUCAGAAAAAGGCUGCUGAUCAAAAAACCAAAGUGCCAGAACCUACUAAGACCUGUUCAAGCCAGCCCCAACCUGCCGGUACCAGUACCAGUACUUCCACCAGCACUAUCUCAAGCAGCAACAAUGGCAAACGUGCAUCUGCCAGUGGCCAGCAGCCAGCUGCUUCCCGUUACCUGCCUCGUGAGGUGCCUCCACGCUUCCGCCAGCAAGAACAGAAGCAGCUAUUAAAGAGAGGCCAGCCAUUGCCUACGGGGACUCUAACCAGUGUGAGCCCAACCCAGGGUGCUGGGCCUGCAGGGGUAAGCCCACCUCCCCUACCUGGAGCCGGAACACAGCAUCAUCCCAGUAAGCUCCAACCAGAUCUCAGUCAUAGUGGAUUGGCAGAUCAUUAUGAAAAUUCCCACUGGGGACAACAGCCUACUUACAGAAGCGAAGCCAACUGCAGCUGGGAUAAAGUGAUAAUAGAUAGGACUGACAAGGAGGCGUGGCCUUCCAUCACAGGAACAGAGACUGAAUCUGCCUCAGAAUGUACUACAGACACUGACUCUGCCUCCAACUGUGGCUCAGAGAACAGUAGCAUGGCUACAGGGAGUGCCCAGGGCAACUUCACUGGACAUACCAAGAAGACAAAUGGCAAUAAUGGCACCAAUGGCGCACUCGUCCAAAGCCCUUCUAAUCAGAGUGCCCUUGGAGCAGGGGGAGCAAACAGUAAUGGAAGUGCGGCCAGAGUGUGGGGUGUAGCCACAGGCUCCAGCUCUGGCCUGGCUCACUGCUCUAUCAGUGGUGGGGAUGGAAAAAUGGACACUAUGAUUGGAGAUGGGAGAAGUCAGAAUUGCUGGGGUGCUUCCAACUCCAAUGCUGGCAUUAAUCUUAACCUUAAUCCUAAUGCCAACCCAGCUGCCUGGCCUGUACUUGGACAUGAAGGAACCGUGGCGACAGGCAACCCUUCCAGUAUUUGCAGUCCAGUCAGUGCCAUAGGUCAAAAUAUGGGCAACCAGAACGGGAACCCAACAGGCACUUUAGGUGCUUGGGGAAACUUGCUGCCGCAAGAGAGCACAGAACCACAAACGUCCACUUCUCAGAAUGUGUCUUUCAGCGCACAACCUCAGAACCUUAACACUGAUGGACCAAAUAACACUAACCCCAUGAACUCUUCACCCAACCCUAUCAAUGCAAUGCAGACAAAUGGACUGCCAAACUGGGGCAUGGCUGUUGGUAUGGGGGCCAUCAUCCCGCCCCACCUGCAAGGCCUUCCUGGUGCUAAUGGAUCAUCAGUUUCUCAAGUCAGUGGGGGCAGUGCUGAAGGAAUAAGCAAUUCUGUGUGGGGACUGUCCCCAGGUAACCCUGCCACAGGAAAUAGCAAUUCUGGGUUCAGUCAGGGGAAUGGAGACACUGUGAACUCAGCAUUAAGUGCUAAACAAAAUGGAUCCAGCAGUGCUGUGCAAAAGGAAGGAAGUGGAGGAAAUGCUUGGGAUUCAGGACCUCCUGCUGGUCCUGGAAUACUCGCCUGGGGAAGGGGCAGUGGCAACAAUGGCGUUGGUAAUAUCCAUUCGGGAGCUUGGGGCCACCCCAGCCGAAGCACCUCUAAUGGUGUGAAUGGGGAAUGGGGAAAGCCCCCAAACCAGCAUUCCAACAGUGACAUCAAUGGGAAAGGAUCAACAGGGUGGGAGAGUCCUAGUGUCACCAGCCAGAACCCUACCGUACAGCCUGGUGGUGAACACAUGAACUCCUGGGCCAAAGCGGCAUCUUCUGGAACUACAGCAAGUGAAGGAAGUAGUGAUGGUUCUGGCAACCACAAUGAAGGAAGCACUGGGAGGGAUGGAACGGGAGAAGGCCGAAGGCGAGAUAAAGGGAUUAUAGACCAAGGGCACAUCCAGUUGCCAAGGAAUGAUCUUGACCCAAGAGUUCUGUCUAAUACUGGUUGGGGACAGACUCCUGUAAAGCAAAACACUGCCUGGGAAUUUGAAGAAUCCCCUAGGUCUGAAAGGAAAAAUGACAAUGGGACAGAGGCCUGGGGUUGUGCAGCUACUCAGCCUUCAAACUCAGGGGGGAAGAACGAUGGGUCCAUCAUGAACAGUACAAAUACCUCUUCAGUAUCUGGGUGGGUCAACGCGCCACCUGCCGCUGUGCCAGCAAACACAGGUUGGGGAGACAGCAACAACAAAGCGCCAAGUGGCCCGGGGGUUUGGGGGGACUCGAUAAGCUCUACUGCUGUUAGUACUGCUGCUGCUGCCAAGAGUGGCCAUGCUUGGAGUGGGGCCGCAAAUCAGGAGGACAAGUCACCCACCUGGGGUGAGCCUCCAAAGCCCAAAUCCCAACACUGGGGAGAUGGACAAAGAUCAAAUCCAGCCUGGAGUGCAGGAGGGGGAGAUUGGGCAGAUUCAUCGUCUGUCCUUGGACACUUGGGGGAUGGGAAAAAAAAUGGAUCUGGAUGGGAUGCUGACAGUAAUAGGUCAGGGUCUGGUUGGAAUGACACCACGAGAUCUGGGAGCAGUGGCUGGGGCAACAGCACAAAUACAAAGGCCAAUCCAGGUACAAACUGGGGGGAGACUUUAAAACCUGGCCCCCAACAGAACUGGGCUAGCAAACCCCAAGACAACAAUGUGAGUAACUGGGGAGGAGCUGCUUCUGUGAAACAGACAGGAACAGGGUGGAUCGGGGGGCCGGUACCAGUCAAACAGAAGGACAGCAGUGAGGCAACUGGCUGGGAAGAACCCUCUCCACCGUCCAUUCGCCGCAAAAUGGAAAUUGAUGAUGGUACCUCAGCUUGGGGGGACCCAAGCAACUAUAACAAUAAAACUGUAAACAUGUGGGAUAGAAACAACCCGGUCAUCCAGAGCAGUACCACGACCAAUACCACCACCACCACCACCACCACGAGCAACACCACACACAGGGUGGAGACGCCGCCACCACACCAGGCCAGUACUCAGCUGAAUCGAUCACCGUUGCUCGGUCCAGGUAGGAAAGUUUCAUCAGGCUGGGGAGAAAUGCCUAAUGUUCACUCAAAGACUGAAAACUCUUGGGGAGAACCAUCCUCCCCUUCUACCCUGGUGGAUAAUGGCACAGCAGCAUGGGGGAAGCCACCCAGCAGUGGCAGCGGGUGGGGAGAUCACCCUACCGAGCCGCCGGUGGCAUUUGGAAGAGCUGGUGCACCUGUUGCUGCCUCAGCCCUGUGCAAACCAGCUUCAAAAUCUAUGCAAGAAGGCUGGGGCAGUGGUGGGGAUGAAAUGAACCUCAGUACCAGCCAGUGGGAGGAUGAAGAAGGGGACGUGUGGAAUAAUGCUGCUUCCCAAGAAAGCACCUCCUCCUGCAGUUCCUGGGGGAACGCCCCCAAAAAAGGACUUCAAAAGGGCAUGAAGACGUCUGGCAAGCAGGAUGAGGCCUGGAUCAUGAGCCGGCUGAUCAAACAACUCACAGACAUGGGCUUCCCGAGAGAGCCAGCUGAGGAGGCCUUGAAGAGUAACAAUAUGAAUCUUGAUCAGGCCAUGAGCGCUCUGCUGGAAAAGAAGGUGGACGUGGACAAGCGUGGGCUGGGAGUGACCGACCAUAAUGGAAUGGCCGCCAAGCCCCUCGGCUGCCGCCCGCCAAUCUCCAAAGAGUCUUCCGUGGACCGCCCCACCUUUCUUGACAAGGAUGGCGGCCUCGUGGAAGAGCCCACGCCUUCACCGUUCUUGCCUUCCCCAAGCCUGAAGCUCCCCCUUUCACACAGUGCACUCCCCAGUCAGGCCCUGGGUGGGAUUGCCUCCGGGCUGGGCAUGCAAAACUUGAAUUCUUCUAGACAGAUACCGAGUGGCAAUCUGGGUAUGUUUGGCAAUAGUGGAGCAGCACAAGCCAGGACCAUGCAGCAGCCGCCACAGCCACCAGUGCAGCCUCUUAACUCUUCCCAGCCCAGUCUCCGUGCUCAAGUGCCUCAGUUUCUAUCCCCUCAGGUUCAAGCACAGCUUUUGCAGUUUGCAGCAAAAAACAUUGGUCUCAACCCUGCACUAUUAACCUCGCCAAUUAAUCCUCAACAUAUGACGAUGUUGAACCAGCUCUAUCAGCUGCAGCUGGCAUACCAACGUUUACAAAUCCAGCAGCAGAUGUUACAGGCCCAGCGUAAUGUGUCCGGAUCCAUGAGACAACAGGAGCAGCAAGUUGCGCGCACAAUCACUAAUCUGCAGCAGCAGAUCCAGCAGCACCAGCGCCAGCUGGCCCAGGCCCUGCUCGUGAAGCAGCCACCACCGCCACCACCCCCGCCGCACCUGUCUCUGCACCCCUCUGCAGGCAAAUCGGCCAUGGACAGCUUCCCCUCGCACCCGCAGACUCCCGGCCUACCUGACCUGCAGACCAAAGAGCAGCAGUCUUCACCCAACACCUUUGCUCCUUACCCUCUCGCUGGACUGAACCCAAACAUGAAUGUCAACAGCAUGGACAUGACCGGUGGCUUGUCGGUGAAGGACCCAUCCCAGUCCCAGUCACGCCUCCCCCAGUGGACGCACCCCAACUCCAUGGAUAACUUGCCCAGUGCCGCUUCCCCCCUGGAGCAGAACCCUAGCAAGCAUGGUGCUAUCCCUGGAGGUCUAAGCAUUGGGCCUCCAGGUAAGUCCUCCAUUGAUGACUCCUAUGGCCGGUACGAUUUAAUCCAGAACAGUGAGUCACCAGCCAGUCCUCCCGUAGCUGUUCCCCAUAGCUGGUCACGUGCCAAAUCUGACAGUGAUAAAAUCUCAAAUGGCUCUAGCAUCAACUGGCCCCCAGAAUUCCAUCCGGGAGUUCCAUGGAAAGGACUGCAGAAUAUUGACCCUGAGAAUGACCCUGACGUCACUCCUGGCAGUGUCCCCACUGGGCCUACCAUCAAUACCACCAUCCAGGAUGUCAACCGCUACCUCCUCAAGAGUGGAGGGUCCUCCCCGCCAUCAUCUCAGAAUGCCACGCUGCCUUCCUCGAGUGCCUGGCCGCUCAGUGCCUCCGGCUACAGUAGCUCUUUCAGCAGCAUUGCAUCCGCACCUAGUGUUGCAGGUAAACUGUCAGACAUUAAAUCGACGUGGUCCUCUGGCCCUGCCUCCCACACGCAAGCCUCUCUGUCUCAUGAACUGUGGAAGGUGCCCAGAAACACUACUGCACCCACGAGGCCACCUCCAGGGUUAACCAAUCCCAAGCCCUCCUCCACCUGGGGUGCCAGCCCCCUCGGCUGGACCAGCUCCUACUCCUCGGGUUCUGCCUGGAGCACCGACACCUCAGGAAGAACCAGCAGCUGGCUCGUUCUUCGAAACCUCACUCCCCAGAUUGAUGGUUCUACACUGCGGACAUUGUGUUUGCAACAUGGGCCUCUUAUCACAUUCCACCUGAAUCUGACUCAAGGCAAUGCUGUGGUCCGGUACAGCUCCAAGGAGGAGGCUGCCAAGGCCCAGAAGUCUCUGCACAUGUGCGUCCUGGGAAACACUACCAUCCUGGCCGAGUUCGCUGGUGAAGAAGAAGUGAAUCGCUUCUUAGCCCAAGGCCAGGCGCUGCCACCCACUUCCAGCUGGCAGUCCAGCAGCGCAUCCAGCCAGCCGCGGCUCAGCGCAGCGGGCAGCUCCCAUGGCCUGGUGCGCAGCGACGCUGGCCACUGGAACGCCCCGUGCCUGGGUGGCAAGGGGAGCAGUGAGCUGCUGUGGGGCGGGGUGCCCCAGUACUCCAGCAGCCUGUGGGGCCCGCCCAGCGCCGACGACAGCAGGGUGAUCGGCAGCCCCACCCCGCUGACCACCCUGUUGCCUGGGGACCUGCUCAGCGGGGAGUCCUUGUAGGCGCUGCCAUCAUCAGCACCAGGAGAGCCGACCCCUCCCGGGACCCCUCCCGGCUGGGCGGCCCCACAGACCCGCUGGAACCCAGCAGCGGCCGCCCUUUUGAGUACCUCUGUCCAGGACUGAAGACGAACCUUGGCCGCGGUCCUUGCGAACUGUUCGCAAAACAGUGCGGGCUGCGGUGGGUCAGCGUCACAUGCUAAUGACAGGAUGUUCCUCGUAGCUUUUUAUUUUGUGUGUCUUAUGUUUGUAUAGUGUGUUAUCAUUUUGAUUUUUUUUUUUUUUUAAGUAUAAAAGCUGCUUAGAAUAGUUCUAUCAUGAAGGGCACUUUUCAGAUUGUGGGCUGGAAAGGGUUAUUUUAUCUGUGGGGGAGGGAGGGAGACGUGAAGCCUAUUUAAAAUGAGCCUGUGACGAUUAUGCACAUGACCAGAGGCGGCCGGUAAUCAGGGCAGAGUCUGGUGUGGACCGCCGGGCGCAGAGCGGCUCCGCGGCGGGAGCUGAGCGGAAGGCGCGGGCUGCGAUCUGCUCUCUGUUCCCCUGGAUCCGCCUAUGCACAUUACCCUUGUUUCAUUACUUUUUCAUGUCAUUUUUUUAUCCCAAAAAAUAUUUUUUAAAAGUUAAAAAAAGACAUAUCAAACAUGCAAAUACUUGAAUCCAGCAGGCCAAUAGUGAAAUGUGAACACUUUCUAAUUCUACUCUUCCAGGUUGACAUCAGUACACAGAAACAGGCUCUAGGAAGAAUUUCUAAGUUCGUAGCCUACGUGUGUGUGUAUGUGUGCGUGUUGAAACAGAAGUGUGUGUGUGCAUGUGUGGCGCGUGCUCCCGCACGGCGUGCAGUUUUCUGUGUUUGUGUGUUUGAAAGUGUGUGAGGAUGUAACUGUGGGUUUUCCCUUGUAUUCAGUAUAUGCUUUUUCUUUGGCGCGUUGGUCAAACGUUUGUUAUUAUUAGCUUCUAACUUUGCACUGAGUGUCCUCGCCCUUCCUUUAGCUAAUCCUAUACAUUACAGAGAAUUCCUAGGACAGGGCUGGCGACAAUUCAUGUGUAAAUGUUUACUCAAGGACUCUGUGACUGCGUUUAAAAAGUACAGUGUAUAUCUCUGGAGAAAUAAUAUGUAUACCUACCUUUAGCAGCUUUUUAUUGUGGACUAAUGCAAGAAAAUUAUUACCAGAGUAUUGCACCAUUUUUCCAUUUGGAAUAUAAAGUUAAAGAGAAAAAAAAACUGUUGUUGAACUGUGGCCAUAGAUACUUGUAAAGAAUGGAUGGUUCCGCGGAAGGAACAGAAACAAGCACUUGGGCGUGGGUUGUGACUGCUUUUGGGGGAGCCUGGGGUUUGGGCUCCCACCUGUUUACAGACCUUUUUUUCUCCUUCAGACUUUAAAAUUUUAAAAAUUUAAAAAGGAAUUAAAAAAAAAAAAAAAAAAGACUUCCGUCGUAAAGAAACCUAUUUUCAGAAUGCAGAUGCGCUCCUUCAGAGCUCUGGGACGGGACAGUGUUGUUCCCUCGGCCAUCGUCAUGGACUCUGUCGAUUGCUUUCGCCCCUUCGUCAAGGUGACAGGCGUUGUGGCCACUGUCUUGCACAUGCCGGACGCGCUCUCAGGAAAGCCAGGGCUCCCGAGGGCAGCUCCACACCAUUUCAUGUAUUUUUAAACCCAAUUCCUAGCACUGAAGAUGUUAUUUAAAAAACAAACAAAAAAAAAAAAAAGCAAAAAAAUGAAAAAAAAGAAAAAGAGGAAAAAAAAACACAAAGAAGAAAAAUACCUAAUCUCUAAUGUGUAGCAGUUACAUAUUUACCAAAUAAUGGACUCAAAAGAAAUAGAUGUUUGAAGAGUGCUUUAUAUAUUAAAAAUUGCUUUAUGUUUUAAAAAUGAUCAAUGUUUUGAUUGUUUUGCAAGGAAGAAAGACAAUGGAAUAACAUACCCUCAAGUAUGUUUUAAAAUAUAUAUAUAUAUGAACAUUGUGCUCCCUGCCUGCUUGAUCAGGAAACUUGUGCAUUACAUUUUUUUUAAUUAGCUUUUUAAUGGUUUUAUCAAAACAAAAAAAAAUACAAAAAAAAAAAAAAAAAAGUCCUGCAAGAUUGCAGAUCCACAAAAGCUGGUUUUAUAGAGGAUCAUGAACUAUGCACAAGCUGGGUUCAAGACUUUUUUUCUCAAGUUUAGUAGGAUAUUUAGCAAAACCAACCUUCCUCAGAGCGACUGCAUCUCAUUGCCAUUACAUGCGUUCUAUAUAUUCGAUGGACACACACCUGCGUAUGUAUAUCCAAUAUGUGUGCGUGUGAGCGUGCGCGUGCGUAUGUGCGUCCGACAUACCACUUCUCGUGCUGCCGGCGAGCAUUGAGUUGUAGAAAAACUAUUGUUUUAAAAUUGGGGAUGGAAGUCAAGAAUAUGUUUGUUUGUUUUGGGGUUUUGUUGGGUUUGAGGGGUUUUUUUGUUUUUGGGGUUUUUUUUUUUUUUUUACCUUUAAUUUUGAACUUAAUAUGUCUGUAACUCUGAGAUUAAAAAACAAGUUUGUGGCUCUUAAUGUUUUCCUCAUAGAAUGUGAUUGUUGAAGAACAUGCAUCGAAAGUUGCUUUCGAAAGUACAACGCUUUAUUGAAUCUUAAUAAAUUGCAAUUUUUUUUCUUGGUUGUUCAAA